AUGAGAUUACAGUAGCAUUUGUCAUAUCUUUCUCAGGAAUCAGAAUUGACUGUACAUCUCUAGUUUUAGUUCUAAAGUGAUAACUCAAGACAUGUCUAAAUUUUUCAUUUGUAAAGGAGACUUUUAUCCGCAAGAAUCAAGACCUUCCUUCUUUGAUCAGGAAGAUAUGUCAUCUUCAAAAUGAAGAUUUUUGAUUCAUCUCUGGAGUAAAUAGUCAUAAUCAAACAAUGAAGUUGAUCCGAGAUCAGUGGGCUGGUCACAACAUGGAGGUGAAUGAAAUCCAUAAUUAUAACUCUGAACUGGUAAAGCAUGGUACUUCUCCACAAUGGCAAAAGAGAAAGUCUACAUUAAUCACAAGGAAACGUGGAGAAAACCCAUCUCCGUUUUUGGUAGCCCGCGCCAUUGCUGUAGCCAUGGGGAUCCAUUUCAUUAUAAUGGUAAUGAUAUGCGGUGCCAUAAUCGUACAUUCAUUAUUCAACCAAGAAGCUCCAAUUUCUUUGCAAGAAAGUUAUUGUGGCCCAUGUCCUAAAAACUGGAUAUGUUAUAGAAAUAACUGCUAUCAAUUUUUUAAUGAGAGCAAAAGCUGGUACCAGAGCCAAGCUUCUUGUAUGUCUCAAAAUUCCAGUCUCCUGAAGAUAUACAGCAGAGAGGAUCAGGAUUUCUUUAAAUUGGUGAAGUCAUAUCAUUGGAUGGGACUAAUACAAAUUCCAGCAAAUGGAUCUUGGCAGUGGGAAGAUGGCACCAUUCUCUUGCCCAGCCAAUUAACAAUGGUUGAAAUGCAGAAUGGAACGUGUGCAGUUUAUGGAUCAAGUUUUAAAGGUUAUACCGAAAACUGUUUAACUCCAAACACAUACAUCUGCAUGCAGAGGAUUGUGUAAAAGCUUAUGAUUUAUAAAAAUAUAAAGAAUUCAAAAACACAAAAGCCAUUCUUGGGACGCCAGGGUGGCUCAGUUGGUUAA